AUGAACUGGGCGUUCCUGAGGGGCAUCCUGAAUGGGCUGAACAAGUACUCCACAGCCCUGGGCCACAUCUGGCUGUCCGUGGUCUUCGUCUUCCGCGCGCUGGUGCACAUGGUGGCGGCCGAGGAGGCAGGGGGGGGCGAACAAAAGGACUUCCUCUGCGACACCCGCCAGCCGGGCUGCCCCAACGUCUGCUACAAUGAGUCGUUCCGCAUGUCCCACGUGCGCCUCUGGGCCCUGCAGCUCAUCCUGGUCACGUGCCCCUCGCGGCUCGUGGUCAUGCACGUGGCCUACCGCCAGGAGCGCAAGCGGAAGCACCUCCUGAGGCACGGGCCCGACGUCCCAUCCCUGUACGACAAGCUGGGCAAGAAGCGGGGCGGGCUCUGGUGGCCGGAGCUGCUGAGUCUCCUCCUCAAGGAGGCCGUCAACUCCGGCUUCCUCUACAUCUUUCACCGCCUCUGCCAGGACUAUGACAUGCCCCACGUGGCGGCCCGCUCCGAGUCGCCAUGCCCCCACACUGUGGACUGCUACAUCUCCCGGCCCACGGGGAAGAAGGUCUUCACGUACUUCAUGGUGGCCGCAGCCCUGCUCUGCACCCUGCUCAACCUCAGUGAGGUCACCUACCUGGUGCGCAAGAGGGGCCUGGAGACCCUUGGCUCCAGACGCCGACUCUCAGAGCUGGACCCACCGUGUGCCCUCUCCCAGGAGGAGCACCCCCAGGAUGGGAACUCUGUCCUAAUGAAGGCUGGAUCAACCACAGUGGAUGCAGGUGGGAAUCCAUAA